AAACAAAGCCAUAGAAAUAGAAAUUGUAAAAUUAAUUAUUUAUUAUUUAUGUUUUCAGAAAAUUUAAUUCAAAAUGCAUGAACAUGACAUAUUGUCUUACACAAAUUGUGCAGGAUCAGAUUUUAAAGAAUUACUUCUCCAGCGUGCCAAAGACUCUUACAAUAAUAAGGACAAUGAAAAUUCGAUAUUUUAUCAAAUCAAAUCCCUAUGCACAGGAUUCGAAUCGCGAUACAAUGUUUCAACUGACGAAAUCGAAUUACCUGACACCAAAAUCAACGAACAACAAGAGCUUAUGUUCCAAGAUCGCCCACUUUUCAAAUACGCUUUAGAAUACCUUAAGAACCGAAGCCUUUCUAAGAACAAGUCUCCCCUAAAUAAAACACACAAAAUUAAUGAAAACCACUCAAUAGAUUCAAUGCAAAGAGUUGAAGAAAUCUGUGCAUCUCUGCCUCAAGAAUGGACAGUAAUUCAAUUAUGCAAAGAACAACGCGAGGAAACAACUUAUUCCAUGUUUCGAGAGAUCCUUGCCUCUGAUGCACCGAUUUAUCUUUCCAUUCUAAAACAUCCCCGAAGCAAAGAAUACCCCAAACCUAUUUGUCUUCUAUUGACUGGUGACAAUCAAGAAGAGCUUUUUAAGAAGUUCUCCGUCCUCACAGCCUCCUUUACGGAGUAUUCCACUUUACCAGCUGGUUCGGCUGGUCCGAAGACAACUCAAGAACUGGAAAACUAUUGGGCUGGAAUGGCAGUUCUCGAGAGCCGUGUGGCGGAUGCAAUUGCAGAGUUAAAGACUUUCAUGGGACCCUGGAUAAGUCUCCUGUGUGGUAAUGUUAAAACCCGAUUUGUGCAAAAACAACAGAACAUUUUUAAAAAAGUCGAUAAAUUCUGUGAUUCGAAUGACAUUGAAUGCCAGCAGCAGCGAGUUCUCCUAAGUCUAUUAGCCCAACAGCGACACCUUCUCACUGAUGAACACAUAAAACAAGCUAGCACUGCUCUGGCAAUGGAAGGUGACGAUGACGGCAAUGGCAAUGGCAGUGCCAGUGAAGGUGACGGUGAAGAAGAAACCCCAACCACAUCUCGGUUAAUUUAUGAAUUUCUCAUGAAAUUGCCAUCGGAAGACGAAAUUGCAUUUGGUCCUUGCAUUCUCAUUCUAGACGAACGCAUUGAUCACUUUUAUUGGGAAGUUUUAAAUCCAUGGCAGGAAUUGUGUCGUAUGAGCUCAUUUCAUAUUCUCGUUCGUCUAUAUGAGCGCUAUAAAUCGAAAAUCAAAAACGGAUAUUUGAUGGUUGAUGUAGAGAAUGGACGUUGUGUCGUUAAUCCAGAUUCAAAUUUGCCGAACAUGGAAGAGCGGAUGAAGAGUUUCUUUAAUUACUGGUUGCCCAAUUGGAAGUGUACUUAUAACGUUGUUCCGAAAAUGGAGGAUUAUAUGAAAUUGUUUGAGGAAGCUGAUUGUUAUGUAUACUGUGGCCAUGGGUCAGGACUUCAGUAUUUAAAUGGUCGAAAGAUAAGUAAAUUCCAAAUGAAAUGCAUUGUCUUCCUCUUUGGCUGCGAUUCAGUUCGUUUGAGAUCGCAAGGACUCCACAGUGAAAUGAUUGGAUCACAUUUGUUUUAUCAUGCCGCUUUGUGUCCAGCUGUUGUGGGAACUCUGCAACUGGGAUUCGAUUUUCAAGUUGAUAAAAUAGCAACAACUCUUCUUAGUGAGUGGAUUCCAUCCAAUGCGGAAGAUAUAGACCACUGGCAUCACAUUGAUAAGCCAAGUUGGAAAAAGGGAACUAUACAACCUCUUCAUUCGAAAAACGCUAGAAUUCAAUUAGACAAUUAUGAGGGAAGUCUCGCCAAAGCUGUGUGUGCUAUUCAUCAAAAAACCGAAGAGAAACUUUAUAAUACUGUGGGAUUUGUUUAUCGAGGACUACCAGUAUGGAAUUCGAGUAAUUCCCAUUUAAAUUAAUAAUAAUAAGAUCUGUGUAUGUUUUUAAGAUUUAAGUGAUAUUAAUGAAUUUUCUGUAAACUUCUAUUUAUUAAAUAAGAGUCAGUAUUUUUUAAGCCUCUAGGAAAGACAUUAAAAAAAAGAGGAGAAUAUAGACUUUUUAAAAUGUAACCCAAAUAAAACUCAAAAUAUUCAAAAACAUGAACUUAAAACCUCCCAUUUCCUCUUUAUGAAAAGUGCUUUAUUAAAUACUCUUCGAAUUCAUAUUUUGUCUUUAAGAAUAAUUGCUUUUCUUUCUCAAGGAACUUCCCCACCAAAAACAACACUUUUAAUUAUCAAGAACCUACAAACAUCCAUAAUAACAGACUUCAACUCAAAAACGAAUUGCCUAAAUUAGUUUUAAGUGAAUAAAAUUAAAAAAAAAACACAAGAAAGAGAAUUUAAUCUCAAUAAUUAAUGACAAACAAAUCUCCUAACCCCACUUCACCUCUCCACCCUCCCACUUUAUUCAGUUUGUGUUUGAAAGACACCAAAUCACAAUCAACAACAUCUCUGAUGCCAAUUACAAAUUCAAAACCAUUUUACUAAUUUCUUUUGAACAUCACAAAAUCUUCUUUUGACAUGUUCCAAAAAAAAAAACACCCAUAUCAUCUGCCUGACAUUCCUUUGGAAUUUCUGUUUUCUUUUCUUUUUUUUCGGGAACAUUGCGUAUCAAGGAAAAAAGAAAAACAAAAUCCCAGUUCCUUUGCUCACACACAAAUUCACGCCGAAAAAUUGUUUUUCCUCUCCAUAAAACUACUCAAAAUAAUAAAACAAAUAAAAUAUCCUUCUCGAUGUUAAAAAAAAAAAAACAAAAAAUAAAUAAAUAAAACUCACAGACAGGGCAUAUCCUCUGGAAAUGAAUGCAAACCAAAGAAGAAAUGUAGUGAAAUUUCUAUUCUCUCACAGUUACAUGAAUCGACGAUAGGAUGUAAACGACGCACGACGGCGAUGAUGGUGGGAAAAACCCGGAAAAAGGACGAUGAAGAUGGUGGCCGUUCGUUGUCGGUUUAUUUGGUUCCUGUGUGUGUUUUAACCUGGCAUCCUGUUUUAUGUAUUUCUUUUUGUUUUA